GAUCCCAAAUCCUCGCGGGCCAAUGGAGGGGCACGCCCCCGGGCCGGCCGGGCGGAGGGGCCGCGGCGCUGACCAGCCCCGCGCGCCCGCCCGAGCGCACCUGGCACCCGCGCGCGCCGGCUCAGUGUCCGGCUCCAGCUCGGCCCCUGGCAGCGCGGCGCGGCGUGGGGGGCUGUCCUCCUCCCGACCAGCGACAUGGUGAUCAGAGUCUUCGUGGCCACAUCCUCUGGGUCCAUAGCGAUUAGGAAGAAGCAGCAAGAAGUGGUGGGCUUCCUGGAAGCGAAUAAAAUCGACUUUAAGGAAUUAGACAUCGCCGGAGACGAGGACAACAGGAAAUGGAUGAGGGAGAACGUCCCCGGGGAGAAGAAGCCGCAGAACGGGAUCCCUCUGCCGCCCCAGAUCUUCAACGAGGAGCAGUACUGUGGGGAUUUCGACUCUUUCUUCUCUGCAAAAGAAGAGAACAUUAUCUAUUCGUUUCUGGGAUUGGCUCCCCCUCCUGGAUCAAAGGUGACAGAAUCCCCUGAGGGAGCAUCUUCACUUCCCAACGGUGAUGUGGAGGGAGAGGCUCCGAGUACCACAGAGGGAACGGAGAACGUUGAAGGAGGUGGAGAAAACGAAGCCGAAAAAGAGGACAAAGAAGAUGCGGGUGACCUUGCUGAGCCCCGCGAGGAGAAAGAUGAAGAGGGCCAGGUGGCCGCAGGUGCAGAGGGCGAGGCUGCCGAGGGGGAGGCAGAGGAAGCCGCCGAGGAGGAGGGAGCCGAGGGGGAAACUGAGGAAGGAGAAGAGCCGGGAGCAGAGGAGGAAGGAGGAGAGGAAGAAGAUUCCUAGCCCUGCGCUUUCCAGGACCCAGGACCCGAGGCAGCUUCCCAGGCUCUCCCAGGGCCACCUCAGCAGUGUACUUGGACCUGACGCUCGCCGACCUCUCUCUGCCCGCCCGGGGCUCCCCGGACCCUGUGCCCGCAGCCCCCCGAGGGGCAGAGCUGACUGUGAAGACCCUUCAAGGACGCCUCGGGCCACUGCUGUUUCUGGCCCCUGCUUUAAAAACAAUUUUUUUUUUUUUUUUGCUUUGCAAUCAACAGACCUUCUUACCCUGAAAUAAUAACUUCGGAAUAUAGAGCUCCUCGGGGCAUAACAGGUGUCCCACCCCCGCCCCCCAGCCCCGCCCUAACGUGCCUUAGGUUACUUGUCUCUGAAUUAACUCUGAACAGGGAGAACUUUCCAGAAUCUGAUCACACAAAUAAAGAUCAAUAGCCCGGGUCCA